CAAAUAGCGACCUUUGGCUCAGUUGACGUUCAAACAGGUUUGAUUAGAUCUGACGAUUCUUUAUUAGAGGCUUGUCAGUUUUUGCAAACGGUCGUCUCAAAACUAAAUAUGAACAAAAAGUUUUUAACCGUUGCGAUACUUUUGGCGGUUUCCAUAAUCGCCGCUCGGGGUGACGAAACUCCUUCAGAACAAUGUUCAGGACAAAACUACGAGGAUCUUCGCGAGAGGAUCCAGGUUCAACCUUGUGGCAUGUUGCGCUGCAAGCUUCGUAAAGGGACAAACACAACCGUUGUGUUUAAAUUUAAACCAGAUCACGAAAUCAAACAGCUGACGAACGAUGUUUAUGCUGUCAUAGCUGGCCUGCCAUUGCCGUUUGUUGGCGUGGCAGGGGUCAGUGCGUGCGCACAGAUCAAAUACGCUGAUUCUGGUGAACCGGCGCCGUGCCCUCUGGCUGCUGACAAAGAGUACAUAUACACCAACUCCUUCCACAUAGAGAAGUUCUACCCCCAAGUACCCCUUAGAGUGCAUUGGGGUUUGAACGAUGGCAACACCGACAUUAUGUGCUUCGAAAUACCAGCUGUUAUCGCCAAGUAAGUAAUUUCGUAAACAGAAAUUAUCUCAUUUAAAAAUUUCUAGUUUUCUAUCGAAAUUAAGAAUUUGAUUUAUAUUUUUACCUUUAUAUAUAUUUAAAAUUUUCAUUCGGAUAUUUUAUAAUAAUUGUUUGUCAGUAGCUUGUUUAAGUCGUAUAGAUUUAUAUAAUAAUAAACGCAUAUUAAAAACAAUGUUUUAUUUACCUCAAACCAUAUUUCGCAGUCCAAUGACGGAAUGUAUUUUAAAUACAUACAUAUAAAAUAAUAUUCUUUUUCUAUUCAUUAUUAUUAUGUAUUUUAUAAAAUAUAAAAAUCUUAAAACUAUUUUCAUUUGUCCUUAUAUGUAUAUACCAUACGAAUAUUCUUUGCACGUUUCAGUGAGUGUUAAGUGAGUUAGGACUUAAAAAAUACUGGCAAUAAGCGAGUUUUUUUGUGGACUGUCACCGUUAGUACGAGUUCUCAUCGUCACUAACUACAGUUUAUUAGUUUGUCAAUCAAAUUGUUGUUGACUCACUAAUGGAGAACAGAUUUAUCAGUGGUUGUAAUUUGUAUAAAUGACAAUGGAAAUGUUAUCGAGAUUGUUGAUAGUUUUUUCUGUUGGAAA